CACAUGAAAAAAUAUAUAUUAUAAGAGCCUCCUCCCUAAAUGGAUCACGAUAGCCAAAAUCCUCCCCAGCACGAUGUCUGAUCCCCCUUACCCACCACAAGAACCGUUCAGAAUCCGUGAUCAUGGAUUCUCCGCCGACCAUCUUGAUCACCAGAUGUUCGAGAUCUCUGAUUAUCUGAUCGGAGACGAUGGAUCGGAGGAAGAUUCUACAUCAGCCAUGAUUGAUUUUUCGCAGAAUCCGGUCUCUUUGAUGGACAUCAUCAACAAUUCGGGCCCUAUGAACCAGGCCACAACGCCGAGUAGUAGCAUGCAAGUGAAUAAUGAAAGCAGCGAAGGUGAGAGGAUUAGAGCGGAAAUCGGGUUUAGAAUCGCAUUUCGAACUAAAUCGGAACUCGAAAUCUUGGAUGAUGGAUUCAAGUGGAGGAAGUACGGGAAGAAACAAGUCAAGAACAGCCCAAAUCCAAGGAACUAUUUUCGAUGCUCGAAUGGACAGUGCCCGGUGAAGAAGAGAGUAGAAAGAGAUUCAGCCGACUCAAGCUACGUGAUCACAACGUAUGAGGGCGUACAUAACCAUGAGAGCCCAACUGUAAUAUACUGCAGCCCUCAUCACAACUUCGGCUCGGGCUCUUCGAGCCAGAUGUCUCUGGUGGGCCCACAUUCAUGAUCCUUACAAGCAGUUCGCUCGUCUUUGUCGUAGGAAGCAACAAGCACUGAGAAAUGUUCACAUACAGUCAUGUAUGGAAACUUAUACAUACAGUGCUCUCAUUCCCGCCAGCUUGUUACUUUGUUUUAUAUCAUCACCCAGGGUGAAAUCUGGAUGGUCGAUUGUCAAGUGGACCACCAUCGAAAUGAAUGGAUGGUGCUGGUCCAACUCAAUGUAUGUGAUGUUCAUGGUAUAACCAACAUUUUCAUGGAUUGGAUUAUCCAUGGGAAUGACACAUAUUUAGCAGAAAAUAAAAGGCUAUGUA